UCGCUGCCCCUUUCUUGGCCUCUCCCUCCUCCAAAAGGACCUUCCUGCAGGCUUACUUUAGAAACUUCAACCUCUCUUUUUGUGAUACCUACACGAUCUGGGACCUGCUGCGGGAGAUGGCCGGCCCGGACGGUCUGGACUGCAGCCUGGACAACCUGAUGGUGGAUUUGGUGGUGGCGGCGGCCGGCGCGCUGGGCGGGGAGGCCUGUAGCAGCUGCGUCCAGGCGUACCAGCGGCUGGACCAACACGCUCAGGAAAAAUACGAGGAGUUCGACCUCUUGCUGGAGAAGUACUUGCAAUCGGAAGAUUACUCGGUCAGAUCCUGCCUGACGGACUGCAAGGCUGUCUACAAGGCCUGGCUGUGCUCCGAGUAUUUCAACGUGACCCAACAACAGUGCCGACACCGGAUCCCAUGCAAGCAAUACUGCCUGGAGGUGCAGACCAGGUGCCCGUUUGUGUUACCGGACAAUGACGAGCUGAUCUAUGGAGGUUUGCCUGGCUUCAUCUGUACGGGGCUGCUGGAGAACCAGCUGCCCGACGAGGAGGCCAAGUGCUGCGAGGUGCAAUGGGACUCCUGCGACCACCCCCCGGACAGCAACGACAACACAUCCCCCAAAUCCACAGCGUCAGAGUCGCUCCAUUUCCACCGCCACGACCCCCACCUCCAUCACCAGCGGCAGAACCACUACCACCUCUACCACCACCACCACCACCACCACCAGUACCACCAGUACCACCAGCCCCGCUCCCCAUCCUUGCUGCCGGUCUCCGCGGGGUCUCGCCUCGGCGGCAGCACCAGGAUCAGACUCUGCGUGCUGGUCCUGAUGCUUCUCCACACCAUGGUGUCCUUCUCCAGCGUGCACGGCGGCGGCGGUGGCGGCGGGGCGGCCAGCGGAGGGCUCAGCCUGGAGGCCCUGCCCGCCUUGGAGGAGAGCGUGGCGCGGGACGAGUGACGCGGAGGGGAAAGCCAACCUCCAAGAAGAACGCCAGAUCUUUUUUCCACUAAGGGGGGCACAUGCUAUUCCUCCAAUGGGAGGCACGGGAUUGGGGGUGACGUGCACCGCACACACACCCCCGCACAUCCCCCCAAGAGCCGCUCGCCGCGGGGCAUCCCCGUGAUGAAGAGUCUCUCUAACGCGCACAGGGCUGCGGCACUCGGCUUUGAGAAGGGUUCGGUCAGUAGCAGCCGGGCAGCGCCGCGUGCCCGGCCUCGCCGAGGUGCCGGCGCAGGAAGCUUUUAAGCCUCCGAUCCUUUCAGACGUCACGCUUACGGGAUGCCUUCAGAAGCAGAGAUGCUCCCGUAGGAUCGGGGGAGUUUAAAUCGGGAAGGAACUCGAUGCGCUGCUCCGGCCGGGAUUGCCACAAAGCGAGAAAAGCAAACGCCGCGGUUCAACCGGAGCCGGUUUACGGGAGAGACUUGAGAGAGAGCCCCAGCGAAAGCGUCCUUGACCUCUUGCCCUUCUCCAGCUCCGAGCGCAGGAGGUGCCUGUCCCGGCAGCCCAACCAGGCCUCAGCCCCUCGGCUGCCGGCGAGGGCCGGGCUGGGGGGGCCUGGGGGGGACCUCGGCAGGGCCCGGGAUGGCUUUGCCUGUGUGUGUGCGACCGGGCUGCUUGUGACCGAACCCUUCUCAAGUGCUUGUGAAACGUCGGUGGUUACAGAGCUCAGACCUACAAUAAAAGGUCCUUUUACAGUACGUGGUGGAGAGGUGAAAAAAAAAAAAAACAAAAAAACAACAAACCAACAACAAAACAAACCAUACUGCUGAAGUCAAAAUAUUCUUUCUAAUCCCCCUGCCCGGUUUCUCUUUCUUUCCAGCUUUCGUCCUCUGCCUCCCGGACCCUCCCUCUCUGUUCCCACCCCCCUUCUGUUUCUCUUUCUCCCCUCUGUCAUAAGAAAGUGACUGUGUCCUCGAGGGGACAGUUUUCUUAUGCCAUUUUAUACACUGUGCUUCAUGUUUAGAACUUUUUUGCACUAGUUCCUAUUACAUUUAUUUUCCAAAAUGGUUUGACAGAAAACAAAGAAAAAAAACCAACAAAAACACAAAACCAUGCUAUAAUUCAGUUGUAUUAAAAAUAUUAUCCUACUACUCUCUGUGUUCAAUAGUCUCUGUACCUGUAAUGCUUUCAGUUCUGUUGUAUUUUGGGGCAGAGGUUUUCUCCGCUCCUUGUUUAACCCAGUAAAGAAAUAAAAUGUUAAGAAUU